UACUGGACAAGCCGCGGUAGUCCCUCCCUGUUCCAGUCAGUUUUUUUUCCUGUUUGGUGCCUAAUGAACAUGUCCCAGACCUUUCCUCUUACGCCGUCCAAAGCUGAGUUCUCGCGGGAGUUUGUUUUGCUGUCUUUGGCAUGCAGAAGAAGGAGGGGCAGAGAAAGAAAGUUAUGGCUGAAAGAGAAAGAGCGAGAAAGCAGAGGGGCAGGCUCAUUCCCGAAGAGAAAGCAACCUAAGUUAAUCUUCCUUGGAUACAAAUAAUUGCUUUUACUCUGUGGAGAAGUAGCGACUUUUGGUAGUAAAGGAGGGAAAAAAACAAGCUUGGUUGCCAAAAACAUUUCAGACUGUCUUGUCAGAAUGGAUUCUGAUUGGCUGGGAGUAGACCCAGUAGUGGGACGGCCCAAUACACCUCCUAACCUUUGGGUUUCUGUUUAACCAAACUCCAUUCCUCCUGGAUUUUUGGUUUGAGCCUACGAGUUGCAACUUUCCCUAUGUUAUACCCUCUCUCUAACCCAAUAGCCUUGACAGUGAGAAAUGUAUGUACCUAGUUCACGUUCAAUCCGGAGUAGGCAGGAAUGCCACGGAAAAGUCCAUAGACUGUGAUAAGAUACUGCUGGAAGCCUCCCCAGUUGCACUGACAGAGAGUGAGAAAGAGUGGGCACUAGACACACACAUACACACACACACACACACACAGACACUGAUAGGAGGAGUUGCCUAGAACACUAUGUUGGAGUGUGGAUCACUUGGUGGCUGACCUGGUCCUCAAAAGACUAGAUCCACUUCUGGACAUUGCAUUAACUCUGCCAUCCAUCCAUCCAUCUUUCUCCAGUUGUCAGCUAUGCUUUCCUUCGCCGCCCUCACCCUCCGUCUAGGGUCCACGGGAUGCAGAGGAGGCAGGCGCAACCUGGCGACAGUUGUCUCGGGCAACAAGACGUCUCAGCUGGUGAGGGAAAAGUUGAAAGAGGACUUGGACAAGAUGAGGGGCCAGUUCCCUGGCUUCCGGCCAGGUUUGGUAGUGUUGCAGGUGGGUGACAGAGAGGAUUCUAACCUCUACAUUAGCAUGAAGCUAAAAGCCGCAGCUGAGCUUGGAAUCAAUGCCAACCAUGUCAGACUGCCAAAGACUGCAACAGAGGAUGAGGUCCUCCGUAGAAUUGAAGAGGUCAAUGAGAACCUAGAGGUUCACGGCCUCAUUGUCCAGCUGCCCCUGGACUCUAUCAACCCCAUGGACACAGAGAAGGUGACUAAUGCCGUGGCCCCAGAAAAGGAUGUGGAUGGGCUGACCAGUAUCAACGCGGGGAAGCUCUCUCGGGGGGACCUGGGGGACUGUUUCAUCCCCUGUACUCCUAAAGGCUGCAUGAAGCUCAUUAGUCAGACAGGCAUGUCAGUGGCGGGGAAGAACGCUGUGGUGAUUGGCCGUAGCAAGAUUGUGGGAGCGCCUAUGCACGACCUGCUUCUAUGGAGCCAUGCCACCGUGACCACCUGUCAUUCCAAAACGACUGACCUGGCUGCACAAGUAGGAAGGGCAGACAUAUUGGUGGUGGGUGCAGGCAAGGCGGAGAUGGUGAAAGGCGAGUGGUUGAAGGAGGGCGCUGUGGUUAUCGACUGUGGCAUCAACCACAUCCCAGAUGACAGCAAAGCCAAUGGGAUGCGAGUGGUGGGGGACGUGCAUUACCCCUCUGCCAAGGAGAAGGCUGGGUUUAUUACCCCUGUGCCCGGGGGAGUGGGACCAAUGACCGUUGCUAUGCUCAUGGAGAACACUGUCCAGAGUGCAAAGCGCUUUCUCAAGACGUACCAGCCAGGAAAGUGGAACAUUUCCUACACCAAGCUAAAGCCACAGAAACCUCAACCCAGUGACACCGCGAUCGCACACUCCUUCACGCCAAAGACAAUUGGCCGUCUGGCCCGGGAGGUUGGCCUCUUCUCAGAGGAGGUGGAGCCCUACGGGACGACCCGAGCCAAAGUUCGUCUGGAGGCCUUGAACCGCCUCAAGACACAGCCUGAUGGGAAAUAUUUGGUGGUCACAGGGAUCACACCCACGCCACUGGGUGAGGGAACGACAACCACCACGCUGGGGUUGGCACAGGCCCUAGGGGCACACCUUCAUGUCAACAGUUUUGCCUGUGUGCGCCAACCCAGCCGGGGCUCAAACUUUGGGGUCAAAGGGGGUGCUGUUGGAGGUGGUUAUUCCCAGGUCAUUCCUAUGGAAGAGGUCAGUCUCCACCUCAGCAGUGACACACAAGCUGUCAUGGCAGCCAGUAGCCUGGUGGUGGACACCGUCAAUGCUCGUGUGUUAUCCGAGUCAACACAGUCAGAUAAGGCUCUCUUUGAUUGGCUGGUGCCACUGAGGGACGGUCACAGGAAGUUCUCCCUGUCCCAACUCAAUAGGCUGAAGAGACUGGGUAUAGAGAAACCAGAAACCCUGAAACCAGAGGAGAUAUACCGAUUUAUCCGUUUGGACAUUGAUCCAGAGACCAAGACGCUGAGUGGAUCUGUGGCCAGUGAGAUGAUGGCUGUGCUGGCCCUCAGUACCAGUCUGGGAGACAUGACGCGCCGCCUGGCCAGGAUGGUGGUGGCCUACAGCCGCAAGGGGAAGCCAGUCACAACAGAGGACCUGGGUAUUAGUGGAGUGUUGGCCACGUUGAUGAGAGAUGCUGUGAAGCCCAGUCUAAUGCAGACCAUGGAGGGGACACCUGUGUUUGUUCACACCUGUCCAUUGUCAGAUAUUGCCCAGGGCAACUCGUCCAUCCUGGCUGACCAGAUCGCCUUAAAGCUGGUGGGCCCAGAGGGGUUUGUGGUCACUGAGGCAGAAGGAGGUGCUGAAUUAGGCAUGGAGAAGUUCUUCGACAUCAAGUGUCGCUCUUCGGGCCUGCAUCCUGACGUGGUGGUGAUGGUGGCUUCGGUUCCUGCCCUGAAGAUGCAUGGGGGUGGACCUGCGGUCACGGCAGGUUCAGCCAUGCCGAAGGAGUACUCAGCGGAGAACCUGACGUUACUGGAAAAUGGCUGCAACCACUUGAAGAGGCAGCUGGAGAAUGCCCGGGCCUUUGGUUUACCUGUCGUUGUAGCCAUCAACACCUUCAGCACCGACACCGAUGCGGAGUUGGGCCUGGUCUGCGAGCAGGCUAAACUGGCGGGGGCCUUGGAGGCGGUGCCAUGCUCACACUGGGCUGAAGGGGGUGCCGGAGCGGUGGCGCUGGGUCAGGCGGUACAGAGGGCAGCUGAGACACCACACCAGAUGAACUUCCUGUAUGACCUGGAGAUGCCCAUUGACGACAAAAUCAGAGCAAUAGCCAAGUCAAUGUAUGGAGCGGAUGAUGUGGAGCUCCUUCCUCAGGCCCAACAGAAGGUGGCGCUGUUCUCAAAACAAGGCUUGGGCAACCUGCCCAUCUGCAUGGCAAAGACCCACCUGUCCCUGUCCCACGACCCAGAGAGGAAAGGGGUGCCCACCGGCUUUACCUUGCCCAUCAGGGACAUCCAUGCCAAUUUGGGUGCUGGUUUUCUCUACCCCUUGGUUGGCACGACGAGUGUACCACCCCAAUCUCCAGCCUUCUCCUGUUUCCAUGACAACGACUUCAGCACCGAGAGCACAUAGUCCCCGCCUCCUCUCGGAGUUGGACGUCAUUCAUCUCAAGAGGAGUGAAGACCUCUGUCCCCUCCAACUACUGUCAGCAAGUUACCAUUCUUUUUAGAUAUACUGUAACAACCCCUUUCAUUAAAUGUGGACCAAUAAGGAGAACAAAAUGAAGAUAAAAAGACAUAAGAGAAGAAAAAAGGCAAUAUGCUUCAUCUCACACCUGCUCUCCACUCCCUGUUGGACCACGUUCGUUUGACUCUCUCUCUCACACUCACACUCACACACACUCACUCACACACUCACUCACUCACUCACUCUCUCUCUCUCUCUCUCUCUCUCACUCUCUCACUCUCUCACUCUCUCACUCACUCUCUCACUCUCUCACUCACUCACUCUCUCACUCUCUCACUCUCUCACUCACUCACUCACUCACUCACUCACUCACUCACUCACUCACUCACUCACUCUCUCAAUUAACUCAAUUAAAUUUAAGGGCUUUAUUGGCAUGGGAAACAUAUGUUAACAUUGCCAAAGCAAGCGAAGUAGAUAAAACAAGUGAAAUUAACACAUUAAUAGUAAACAUUACUCACAAAAUUCCAAAAGAAUAAAGACAUGUCAAAUGUCAUAUCAUGUGCAAAUAGUUAAAGUACGAAAGGGAAAAUAAAUAAACAUACAAAUAGGUUGUA